AUGAAGAAUGGAGCGAUACUACGAAAGCAUAAUACUAGAUAUGGUGGUGCGCUUGAUGAAAUGCUAGGAAUUCGGUCCAAAAAAGGAAAUGUGAUUCAAAAAGUUGAGCUAUCAAAACAAACGCAACUGGUGGAGAGGCCAAAAACAAGGCAUGGCCGAUAUGGAGAGGCAGUUACAGCGGCUGUAACCAGCGAAUCAUUUCCGUUAUCUUUCAAACUUCGAUUUACGGAUAAAAGUGAUGUGACCGUAGAGCGCUGGCAGCGAGAAUGUGAGGAGGAUGGAAGAAGUGAUGAUGAGAAGGAAAUCGAUGACGAAGAGGAGGAAAAGUCUAGCUCGCAAAGCAAUGAUGCAAAUGGAACUGGAAGGAAAUCUAGAGAACAUAUACAAAAAAUAGAAACGGUUAACGACAAAUUUGAAAAUGAUGCUGUAGCUAUUGCACAAAAGAUAGCAUGUUCACCAGCGGUUAACACAGCAAAAAGUGAUAAUCGUUUUCAACAUUCAAUCGGCACCUCAAAUCAAGGACAAGAUUCUGAUCAAUCGAUAAAGACAGUAAGGCAGAAAAACCAAUUUUCUGGUGCUGUUAAGAAGACCAAGGCAAGAGAAAGCCAGAUAUCUGAAGAAAACUUACAUGGUACAUUUCGAAUACGAUCAAUUUAUGCAACCUCAAGGAACAAACAAGAUAGCGAACUGAAGAAACCAGUUGAAGAACAUCUGAGAACUACGUCUGUCAAUGAAAGCCCAUCUUCUGGCAAAGAAGCAUAUGAGAAAUGGUUUCAAGAAAAAGUGAGGCAGGAAAGAGAGAAGAGACGAAAACAGAAAGAGAAAGAAGAGGAGGUGGGAAAGGCGGGAGAAGAGAGAAGAAAAGAAGCUGAAAGAAAUUAUGAAAUUUGGAAGCAACGAAGUGAUGAAACGAUUCGAGAAAGGAGGAAAAACAAAAGGGAAAAAGCGGAGGCUUUAACAAGAGAAAAGAUGGAAGAAAUAAGGAGAAAGAAGGAGGAGGCGACUCAGAUGUUUCAAGCAUGGAAAAACGAUCGAUUGCAAAGGCUUUCGAAAGAGCAAAAACAACAUAUACAAAAUAAAGAAAAUGAUGAAUUGAAAAAGAAACGCGAAAAGGAAAUAAGAAAUAGUGAGGCUCAGAAGGCAUUCAAUGCAUGGUAUGAAGAAAACAAAAUUCGAAAUUUGGAAGCGCAACGCAAACUGUUGAAAUCCAAGAAGGCGGAAGAAAUGCAGAGUAGGAAUGCAAAGGAAUAUAAAGAAGCACUAGCAAGAGAAGCUUAUGAUGUUUGGCUUCAAAUAAAGGAAAGUGAACGCCGUUUCAACGAAUCUUUACAAGGUCGAAUAAUGAAAUUUGAUGAAAUGUUCCGUCGAUCACAUUUAGUUCCAUGGGUUCCACCAAGUAAUAUUAUUCCACGACAAUUCGUUCCAACACGCACCAGAAGGCAUCAGUCCGUCAAGCGAUCCAUCAAAUCAAAUCAGGCUUACAAAAAGUUUCCAUCAGUGAUUCAUCGCUCCAAGUCAGCACUCAGAUAA